AAUUCAAUGACAUUGUGCACUAUCCAACGUGGGAGAAUGCAGCAGGAAUUGUUGUGUUUUUCCCAGGUGAUGUACAGGUCUAUCGCAAUGGAUUUUUUAAAAUCUGAAAUACAGAAGAAACGAAAGCAGCUCGAGGAGAAAAAUAUCGUCUGUCCAGGUAAGAAGUAUUUUAAGCGUGGUGAUCUUAUUGCACAGCAGACUGAAGCUUACUGGGAAAAGCAUCAUGGAAAGACUGAGCAAGAAGAGCAGACACAGGUGGCUAGGGACACAAAUGAAGAAGCCAUGGUUCCUGUAGUAUCAGCAACUGAUUUUGUUAAAGAUCCGCAAAAGCCAAUGCUGUCACGUAAAGAGGUCAUAAGGCGACUAAGAGAACGAGGGGAACCCAUACUACUCUUUGGAGAGACAGAGUGCGAUACCUUCCAACGACUUCGCAAGCUUGAAAUUCUUGAACCAGAAAAAGUGGGAAUGAGGAAUGAUUUCAAAACAGCGAUGGACAAAAUGGACCAGGAGUAUUUCAAUGAAGUUGCUAAGGCAGAAAUUGGCAGCACGUCAUCUGAGCCAUCAGCAACCCAUGUCAGCAUAAAGGAUGAUGGUACAACUCUUCAGGAAAUACUUGAGUUUGCAAAGGAUCUAGGCACUGGAGACAAUGAUCUGGAUUGUGACACUGUGCUAAAGUUUGGAAAGUUUAUGCUGAAAGUCUGGGGUGAAGCGAUUAACAACCAACCAGAAGAGGUGAAGAGGUCUAUGAAAGUGAAGCUGGAAAGAACACUUUAUCACCAGACCGUCUCCUAUCUGAAGCCUCUAUUCCGGAAGCUAAAAACACGGAGCAUACCUACAGACUUGAUGGAGAGUUUGGUUCUCAUAAUUAAAUUUCUGUUGGCUAGAGAAUAUGUACAGGCAAGUGAUGCAUACCUUCAGAUGGCCAUCGGCAAUGCCCCCUGGCCUAUUGGUGUCACCAUGCCCGGUAUUCACGCUCGUACAGGACGAGAAAAGAUUUCUUCAAAGUAUGUUGGUCAUGUUCUGAACGAUGAAACCCAGCGCAAGUACAUUCAGGGUCUCAAGCGUUUAAUGACACAGUGUCAGAAGUUCUACCCAGCCGAUCCCUCCAAGAGCAUGGAGUACAAUGCAUUUAAUUUUGACACUUAGCUAGUGCGUCAUUAUAUAAUUGUUAGCAAUGACAGUAAUAUUAAUUUGUCAUGUUGUAAAAAUGGGAUUAUAUUUAGUCUGGUGGACAAUUUCUUAUACUAUAGGAUAGAUGACAUUUUAUCGUAAACAAACAACAACAUGUAAACAAAUCUGAAUCUUUGGUCGAUCUAGCUGUCCACGUUAUAGGAGUUUUUACUGUAAAAUUGAGAAAAUUGCAAAAUAACUUACACAUAGCUGUGCUCAAAGCAACGUGCCCUCCAACCGUUAUCUGUUACAGAAAAAGAAAUGUAUUUUGUGUUUUUUUGUAAAAAGUUGUACAUGAAUGCUACGUAUAAUAAAAAUAUGAUGUAAAUAA